UUACACAUCAAUGGAAAGGUCGACUGCGCUCUCAAAAAUUCAGUCUUCCAAGAUGAAGCGAUUGCUAUUGCAAAAGCCUUGCGCUACCUAAUAUUUUACAGUAUUAAAAAAGCUGUUAUAAAAACAAGCAAUCUAUCGUCGUUGUAUGCUUUGGGUAAUCCUGACCAUCCAUCUCCCAUCAUCCAAAACAUUCAGCGUGAUCUAAGACAGCACUUCCCCCAUCAGCUUGAGCGGAUCAAAGCUCAUGCUGGGCAUUACGGAAACGAAACUGCAGACAGUCUAGCCAAAGAGGCAGCUUCAGGCAAUGCAGAUACUGAAGUCAAUAUCCCAUGGCCUAUUUCUUAUCUAAAGAAAUGCCUGAGAUUGAAGGCCAUUGGACGAUGGCAAGAGGAAUGGGACCAGGGCUCAACCGGUCGACGCACGCAGUAUCACAUAGCGUAUGUGGACACUGACCGUAUCAUUUACAACCCUCAGCUCGUUCGAUUUAUCACUGGCCAUUAUCCAUUUCCGCAAUAUUUCUCAAAACACGGACUCAGCCAUACUGAGUUCUGCUGCUGCGGAGAUAUUGGGUCCCCAGAGCAUUACCUGACCACUUGA